CUCGGGGAACCUGAGUGACUUCCGGUCCGCGCGCGCUGUGAAGGAAUCUAAACCCGGAACUAGAGCAGAUCUCUAACAGAUCCAGUCCUCUGGGGUUUAACUCUGCACAGACAGACACACUGCUAGCUUUAAUUCUGUAGAAUCAGAGACACGGAGUGUGUGGUGUGAUCUCAAGUCCGACACAGAAAGCGAAACUUACGAGUCACUAGACUGACUCUUCUGAACAAAUCAGUUUUAGGGAACCGGUUCAUGUUUCGGUUCAAGUGAUUCACUCAGAGCAGGAUCUGUAAACACUCCACAGACUGCAGGAGCAGAGAUUGGUCGGGUUAUAAGAGUCAUAUAAAUGUUUAUUUAUUAAUUGUUUACUUAUAUCGAUAUCUAAAUAUCAAAACCAGAGCUUGAUCUGGAAGUGAUUCUAUUGAAUCGUGAAUCGAUUAACCUGACUCUCAGUAAAGAUUGACUCGUAAAGAACCGAAAGUGAAUGAGUUUUAGUUUAAGAGCUGUGAGGUCGAGUGUGUUGUGGAGACAUUGUUAUUCCUCUCCAUCUUAUAUCUUUAAUAGUUUUAUCAGUAAGAGUGAUGGAGUGUGAUUUAAGCAGUGAUUGAGUUUUUCUGAGAUAAACACAGGAGCAGCUCCAAGGCGUCUCCUGUUCCUGUCCAGCCCCUCCUGGGACUCGAACGCAGAGUUACUGUAUGACGAGAUCAGUCUUGGAAAAAAAACAAAACCAGUUUGUAAAACCCAGAGACGUGGACGAACAUGAGCAGGUGUUAAGAAACCUGUUGGAGAGGAAGCAGUGACCUGGGAGAAGUUACACCUCUGUUCACAUGGAGGCUACAAACAGAGAGAAACUGGAGGAGCAGCUGGGCGAGUACAUCUUACACACUCUCAAAUACACUGAAACCGUGAAGGAGUUCUGUGAUGGAGAAUCAAAAUGGACUUUACAGAGAGAGACCGAGCUCGAUACGAUGAGGGACAUCAAAGACCGAGCUGAUCAAAUCACUCUGAAGUUUGAUCAUGUUCAGAAGGCAGAGAACAAGGCCAAGGCUCUGGGCGAGUACAUGUGGAACGGCCUGAGCCAGGUUACAGCCGAUUCCAGAAAGCAGGAGCUGGAGAAGGAGCUAGGAGAAGUUCUAAAGAACACUUUAGAAGGCCUGGAGAAACUCCAUAACUUCCUGGAUGCAGUGGAGAAGCUAGCCGUCACCUCACUGUUCGUCUUCAUGGGUGAGAGCUUCAUGCCAAAGGGAGUGAGUUCCAUGUCUGUACGUUCAGUGAUCUCUGCAGCCAGAAUGGCGUCUCCACCCCUCGUCCACUUCAAGAGAGAUGCAGGAGCGUUUUUCCUACCAAAUCUCUACAACAUUGAAGUCCUGGCCUUCCAGCUGGACAAAUACAUCCGUGUCACUCAGCAGAUCUGCGAAAAGAUGGAGAAAAAAUCCAGGAGCAUUUCAUGUAGUGGAGGUGUUCGUGAAUGGAAAACUGGAAAAUCUUCACUAAAGUUUAAUUUGAACAUGAGUGAGGAGUCUGUGCAGAAACUGUAUGACCAAUUAGUCCAGCUCAUCAAAAUUAGGAUGGACGAAUCAUUCAGGGUGAAUUUCCUAUUUGAUGUGAAGGCACAAGACUUUAUCUUUAUAUUCAGUGAGUGCCAGUGCAGGAUGUUUCAGUUUCUGUCUGAUUUAGAGGAAGCUGCAGUUCAGCUGGACAAGAUGAAGAAGGGCUCCAACAUCUCCACCGUGGCUGGAAGUUCAGUCGGUAUUGCAGGAGGUGUUUUGUCUAUUGUAGGUUUGGCUCUCGCUCCCGUCACUGCAGGUGUAUCUCUGGCCCUCACACUCACAGGUGUUGGUCUCGGAGUCACCAGCGGGGUUAACGGCAUCGUCACAGGCAUCACGGAAAUGGCAGUCAACAAUCGUCAUGGCAAAAACGCUAACAACAUCUUCAUCAGUUUUAUGGAAGAUGUGCAGAAGAUCCUGGAUUGUCUGGAAGAUGUGGCCAAAAGGGAGUGUCUUUUACCAGGGGCUGAUGGGGCAACUAAAGGCCUUGAAGCUGGGAAACUGUUUGGGAAUGGUAUUGAUGCUCUUGAGGAUGGGGCUUUGGGUAUAAUGCCUCUUGGGGCUGAGGAAAUGGUUGCAGCUGCAGUUAAUGUAGGACUUCAGGAAGCCAAAGCAGUCCGGAACAUUCCCCAACUUGCUGCAGAUCUUCCUGACAUUGGGCAACUGGCUAAAGGAGCUCCUGUGGCCCUUUCCCAGUCAGCCAGGGCUGGGCUCAUCGGCUUAAAUGCCCUCUUUAUUGGCCUGGAUGUACUGUUUAUCUGCAAGGACAGUAUCAGUCUAUCUAAAGGGAGCAAAAAUGAAUUGGCUCAACUCAUUCGCUCCAGGUCAGGUCUGUGGCGCUCAGAGGUGGAGGCGUGGGAGAAGAUCCAUAACUGUCUGUUUGAAGGCAUCUCAGGGUUUUACAAAAAUCGGGAAAUUCUGGAGCAGCCCUUCUGUCCUUAAC